AUGUCGUACGAUCGAGAUGUUAAACUGCGCAAUACCGACUUAGUAGCAGAUGACAAAUUGUCUUUGGAAGGUGAGGAACAUGUAUUUGAAAAGAGAGGAAGAUUUCUGUUACAAACUACAGUUAGUAACCAAUAUGGCGAACAGAGUAAAAACAUCACAGUGGUUGUUGUGGAUCCCCUCAUGGAAGAAGCAUUCUUUAUUUUGGAAGAACAGACCAGUACGUUUGAGAAAGGGACGCCUAUUAGCUUUCUGGUUUCAUUGGAGACCACCAUAAGACCCAACACAGUGAUGCAAAUUAAUUUUGGAAAUGAAGACCUUGAAGAAGUUUCUUUAGGAGAGCAUCAGUGGAAUAACCAAACCAAAGAAUAUGGAUAUCGUCUCGAUUAUUUAGGUCUUGUUGCUAGCUAUGGAGAAGGCUGUAAUCUGACCAUAGAAUUCCAAUACCAGUAUGAUCAGCAGGGAGUUUUCAUGCCAUCCAUAAUGUUUGACAAUCAAACAGAAUCAUUGACCAUGCUGGAUGAAAACAUUAUCAUCCUCAAUCGUCUGGUUGGAUUAAAAAUAUUCUCACCCAAAACAACUGCUAUCAAUACUAGUACCGAAUUCAAACUCAUCUUUGAAAAGAGUUCCUUUAAUAUAUCAGUGUUGUGGACCAUUGCUGCUUCGUCAGGUGAUAUCUCUGAUCAAAUGAGAUCCAAUUCACCCCACUUACCUUACUUGUUUACCCAUCCUGGUAGAUACGUGAUCCAUGCUAAUGUAUCAAACGCCAUAAGCAAAGUGUAUUCAAGCUUUGAUAUAUUGGUUCAGGUUCCAGUCAGCGAAAUUGAUAUAUCUUGCAAACCAGAACAAUAUUUAGUCAACGGAUCCCAAAUUUCAUGUUAUGUCCAGAUUACCCAUGGAACUCAUGCAUCUUUUGUGUGGAGCUUCAAUGAUCGUUAUGGACUGACGUUUGUGGACACUUUUGACCUGACAUCAUACUCCAACCACACCUUCUCCCAACCGGGAUCAUAUCAAGUUCAAAUCACUAUCUCUAAUGAUGUAAGUCACAGAACCAAGAUUUAUCCACUGGUAAUAGGAGUUGAGAAUAUUCUUCAUCAAGUCAUGCUGAUUCAACAAUCGCCAACAGUUUUAGGAGAGUCGACACGAUUUAAAGCUGGAACGCAUGAUACCACUCCCAACGCAGAAAACAUCCAGUUUGAAUUUGACUUUGGUUCUGGUCCCAAAUCAUUCAAGGGUGAACAAAAAGACGGAGAAUUUGAAAUGAGUCAUAGAUUUGAUGAAGCUGGUAUUUACAAAGUUGUGGUGUUCGCUAGGAAUAACAUAUCAGAAGUCAGUACGUCUGUGAUUGUGUAUGUGGAGAAACCAGUAGAUCAUGGGAUUGCUAGAAUGUUACUUCCGGCUGUUGUCCAUCUUGAUUCCAUCUUUAUCAUUACUUGUCAAGAAGAAAUUUGCCAGAGAGAUAACGUAAUUUAUAAAUAUCAGUUUGAUGAUAUUGAUGAUGUCAUAGUAUCAAAAUCUCCAGUCAUCUUUCAUAAAUUUACGUCACCAAAUCUUCACACUCUAAAUUAUACGAUGUUCAACCAAGUUGGUAGUGUGUCUGAGCAAUUUAAGUUUGAAAUUGUUAAAAUUUUAAUUGCGCCAAAAGUCAUUCAUCAUGCCAUUGUUUCAGUUGGUGAGGAGGUGGAUUUUAGGAUCAUUGGUAUAGAGUACUGGGAGAGAAUAACUAGUAACUAUAAUGACAAUACAGAGGAUAUCCAACUCUACCCUAUAGACAGGGUCACACCACCUGCUUUCCGUGUCUCUUACCUAGAAAGAUUACCCAUUAAUCUGAGGUUCAAGAACUGCUCAGUCCACCCUUGUGUACAUCGUUAUCUUUCAAUUUCCAAAAUUUGA